AUGACCGAUACCGCCCUCACUGCCUUGCAGUACCUACCGAUGCCUGUCUUGGUCCUUUCGAGCGAGAAAACAAUCGUGCUAGCCAACGAGGCUAUGGGCAGGUUGCUGGGAAUAGAUUUGCAGCAGUCGCCCGCAGUACCAGACAGCGCCGGGAUCAACGAGCAUGAGGAUCUAAGAAGUGCCAGCGACGUCUUGGGUGGUGUGGCUAUGGACAAUCUCGGAAUGGAUCUUCUUCAGAAUGCCAAUCCGGUGUGGAUGCGCUGGGAGGACUUUCUCAACACCAUCAAACAAGACGCUAUCGAUGCCAGUGCCCAGUCCGAGGCAAAGUCGGAUGGGGGUGACAUUACACCCACUGCCGAGUCAUAUGAUGGCUCGGCUGUGCGCCCAAGCCCUGUACCUCUGACCCGCGCCAAUCUCGCUCGCACCACUGUACACGACGCCGCUGUCGAUGUUGUCUUCUCCACCAACCGCAACCCUACCACUGGCCUUCCGCGGACCAAGGAGGUCAAUCACGAUGCUUCGGGCCACAUCCAGGCCACUGUCAUCAUCACUGUCUGGUCUGCCGAUGAUGUAGACUAUUAUACCUUGAUGUUCACUUCCGCUGCCGAAACUCAGUCUUCUUCUUCUCGCUCAAGUCACCGUACUGUUGCAAGAACCCAUACAACCUUCUCUUCAGGUCUAGGCUCUGGAUCAAGCUCUAGUUCGAGUGGCCGCCGUACUCAACACCAACACCGCACAAGUCUUUCUGGAAGCCCCUCCGUCUUCGCUCCCCAAGCUUUGCCCAGUGGACCGCCCUCUCUCACCACAUCUGCUGCUGCUCCUUCGCUGUUCUCCAAAUCCAACCGUCUAAAAGAUGCUCUGCUGAACUCAUUGAGUGACCCGGCCUUUGCCAUGUGGAAAGAUGAGUCCUUUGGUAUUCCUAACAAAGCCGCAAUCAGAAUGGUCGACCCGGACAGCGAAGAAGGUAUUACCGGAGUCCGAGACCAGCGUGAUUUUCUUCAAAAGUAUGUUCUUUGGAAGGAAGACUUUUCGGAAUUGCUACCCAUGAGCGAAUUCCCUAUCAUGCACCUCAUGACUACAGAAAAGCGAUUCUCUGGCAGACGUCUAGGCAUGCACCAUCCCAAAACCGGGGCCAAGAUAAUCUAUGAUGUUGAUGGCGAGACAAUUACUGACAGCAAGACCGGCGAAUUCCUCGGCGGCCUUGUCAUUUUCCACAAUGUUACCGAGUAUGCCAAUACCAUCACUGCCCAGAAGGCCCAGAACGAACGUCAAUUCGAAGACAUCACCAACAUGAUUCCACAAAUGAUCUGGACAACAACUCCAACGGGCCAACAUGAUUACUAUUCGAGAAGAUGGUACGAAUACACAGGCAUGACAGUUGAGGCAAGUCUGGGCAAUGGAUGGGAGAACCCUUUCCACCCGGAUGACAUGGAGUUAACGGGAAAGAGAUGGGCACACAGUUUAGCGACUGGAGAAGAGUACAGAACAGAGUACAGAUGCCUUUCCUCUGAUGGCGAGUGGCGCUGGAUGUUAGGACGAGCGGUGCCUAUGAAGGACGACACCGGCAAGAUUGUCAAGUGGUUUGGCACUUGUACUGAUAUUCACGAGUUGGUACUUGCCCGUGAGGACGCACGACAAACGAAACUCCGACUCUCACAAGUCAUCGAAAUGGCCAAAAUUACGCUAUGGUCGGUAAACCCUGAGCGCAACCUGUCCAUGCUUGAAGGCGCUAUCGUUUGGAACGACAAUUCCAAAUCAUCUGACGAAGAGAUUCGAAGAAAAGCUAUCGGCAAGAACGUUUUUGAGCUUUUCGACAAAGAUGCCAUUCUAGACGGUGACCAUCACCGAGAAUACAUUGAGAAUAUCCUUACUGGUAAACAGAUCGAUGAAACUACAGAGUUGCAUCUGAAGGAAACCAACAGAUGGGUUCGUACAAGGUUUGUCCCGCUACAACGUAUGGAACGUAACGCUGGUGUCGAAGGCGGCACCUUCGUUGACGGCGUUGUUGCUGUCAGUAUGGAUGUGACAGACUUGAGAAAAAGAGAAGAACAACUCCGAGAACGUGACCGAGAGAACUCGCGUCUGCUGGCACAGAGCGAGGCCGCUAAGGAAGCAAGCAAGAUGAAAUCGCAGUUCUUGGCUAACAUGUCUCACGAGAUCCGCACUCCCAUCGCGGGUGUCAUCGGUAUGUCGGAACUCUUACUGGACGACACUGAAAGCACUUUAACCGAAGAACAACGCGAGUGUGCCGAGAACCUACAACGAUCUGCUAACGGUCUGCUCACCGUCAUCAACGACAUUCUGGAUUUCUCCAAGGUCGAAAGUGGCCGACUAGAUAUCGAGGAUGUUCAAUUUGACCUAAAUGUCGUUGUACGCGACGUCAACAAGAUGCUCACGUUCGCGGCCGAACGCAAGGGCCUAAUGUAUGUCGACGAGACUCAGGAGCUAGAACGCCUCAAGGUCAUGGGUGACCCAGGCCGAUUACGACAGAUCCUGACAAAUCUCCUUACCAACUCGAUCAAGUUUACCUCAGAGGGCAGCGUGACAAUGCAGGUCAAGAUUAGAGAGGAAACUGCCGAGACGGUGGCUGUGGAAUUCACUGUCGAAGAUACUGGUAUUGGAAUUGAAGAAGAGGUUCGGAAAAGACUCUUCCAACCUUUCUCACAAGCCGAUUCUAGCACUGCCAGGCGCUUUGGCGGAACUGGUCUCGGUUUGACCAUCAGCAAGAACUUGGUCGAGCUCAUGCAUGGUGAGAUCUCACUCGAAUCUUCCUUAGGUCUCGGUACAAAAGCAUCGUUCUGGAUUCCCUUCAACAAGGCAACAUAUUUAUCCGGUGACUCGCCACUAUUGGACAUGGGCCCAAUACCACACCGAUUGCAAUCCGAGCUAUCAAUCUCAGAAUAUAGUGGGCCACAACCCCCAGGCUCACCAUUGAAACCAGGCCUCCGUCAAGCAUCCCUCGAUUCGCGACGAGGCUCUCCAGCGCAUUUCGACGUGCCUCUAACGCUCUCAGACGAGGAGAGGCGGAACACUCAAGUCCUGGUUGUUGAAGAUAAUCCUAUCAAUCAACAGAUUGCUCUGAAAACGAUCAGAAAGCUCAAGUUCUCAGUCAAUGCUGUAUGGAACGGACAGGAAGCACUCGAUUAUCUUAGCAAACCUGAAAGUCCCGACCACCCAAGACCGGAUGUUAUUCUUAUGGAUGUCCAAAUGCCUGUGAUGGACGGUUACAAGGCGACAUACACCAUCCGACAUUGCGAGCCUUUCAUCGCGGAUCAGCAGAUCCAGAACACGCCCAUUGUUGCAAUGACCGCCAGUGCGAUCCAAGGCGACCGCGAAAAGUGCGAAAAUGCUGGAAUGAAUGAUUAUCUAGCAAAGCCUGUCAAGGGCAAGACCUUGGAGCAAAUGCUGUUGAAGUGGGCUGUCGAGAAGAAACGCAAGGCGGCCCUGUCUUCGAGCCCAGCCGCCGCUGCGAGAGCCGUGGAUGUCCCUCAGCCUGCUCUUCCAAGGAGUGUUGUGCAGAAGGAGCGAAAAACAUCAGAAGAUUCGCUUACCCCUAAGAAGGACCAAGGAGCCUCAGAUGUCCUUGCAACAAAACUCAACAAGCUCAACUUCCAAAGCGAUACGGUGUUUGCGCGUUCUGCGGAGACAGCAGAGAGUCGGUCGAUGGACCGUUUACGGAAUGAGGAGAAAGCGAUGCAACUCCGUGAUCAGCAGUUGUUUGCUAGCGCAGCUACACCCAAGAAGCUCUUGGGCGUUCUGGGAGACACAGCAACUCAGGAAGAAGCGACUGAGACCCGGCCUUCGGCCCUUACGCGUGAGAACAUUGAAAAGCUGACUCGGAACGCACCCCUGGACCACGUAACCCAGCCAGAUGUGGAUACGUCGAGUCUAGAUGUCACUGUGGACAGCAACACACAGUCACGUCCUGGGAGACCAUCGAUGGGGACACGGAUGAAGUCAGAUGGUGACAAGACAGUCCUGCCAGAGUGA